AGCCUUAGAAGUGGAAGCUUCUCCCCGCUGGGCCACCAUAGCUUGGGUCUUCUGACGAAACAGGCCCUCUGCCGACUGAAGUUGACCAACAAGUUCCGGAAGAGUCAUCAACAUCUUGUUCAUGUUGUAAUUCAAACGGAAUUGCUCGAAGCUCUUCGGCAAAGACUGGAGCACUAUAUCGACCUGGGUUUCCCCAUCAAUAAAAGCCCCAAGAACCUCCAGCUCAUUCAGCUGGGCCAUCAUAGCAAGAACAUGCUCCCUUACGAGAGUGACCUCGCGCAAGGACAUGUUUCGCACUGGAUCUUGUUCGCACGGAGGCCCAGAGAGCUCAGCGGUUUAUUGACGGACUUUACCCAGCAGUUCGUCAUAACAUUGUGGGACACGGGACUCAGACGUAUGCACGAGCAGUCUCUAUCGCCCAGGAGGUUGACGCUAGCAUUAGGAGGGAGGCCUUUCACUAUCUAUAGCGAUGCUUCGAGGCAGGGCUUGGGAUGUGUCCUAAUGCAGGACGGACGGGUCGUUGCGUAUGCUUCACGUCAGCUUAAGCCUCAUGAGCAGAACUAUCCUACGCACGACUUAGAGUUAGCCCCAGUCGUUCACGCCCUGAAGAUCUGGCGUCAUUAUCUUUACGGCGGACGCUGCGAGAUAUUCACUGACCAUAAGAGCCUACAAUACAUAUUUACACAGAAGGAGCUUAAUAUGAGGCAGCGCCGUUGGCUCGAAUUGGUCAAGGAUUAUGAUUGUUCCAUCCAGUACCAUUCGGGGAAGGCGAACGUCGUCGCAGAUGCCCUAAGCCGAAAGGUGACGGGAGACUUGACGUACGUCAUCACGCAGCAGAGUCCGUUGAUCCAUGAGUGUGCCCGGAUGCAACUUCAGGCGAUUGAUGUACUCCCCACAGCUGUCUCGGGGAGCACUAGUGCUAUGCAGCUUCAGCCGACACUGAGGGAGAGGAUCCGGCGAGAGCAGGCUUCUGACGAGUUUGUGCGUGUCAUGGAGGCCAGGGUUCACGCCGGAAGAGUACAGGAUUUUCAGCUAGGCGCCGAUGGUGCCUUGGAGUUCAGAGGCAGGAUC